GGAAGGUCGCCUUGGUCGCUAGCCCUUUGUCUUAUUUCUAUUCUUUCCCGUUCAAUUCUUUACUUCGUUUUCUUCGCCCUGGUGGCCUGCGCGUUCUUUCUCUUCACUAUCAUCUUCUCAAGAGCAGGCUCUACGUUCUUUUCGGCCCAACAGUCUUUCAAAACUUAUUUUUUCUAAGUCAACAAUGUUCUCUUUGUCCAGAUCUUCUUUGUUCGCUCUGUUCUCCUUGGUGCUAUUCUUCUUGGGCUUUGCGGCUGCACUCCCCUCGGCUGUCGUGGACUUGGAUGCAUACCCUGACGCCCCCCUCGCUCGCCGUCAAGCUGCUUCUCAAGUCUCAGCUGCUUCUCUCGCCUCGCCGACCACGGUUACUACCACAAACGUUGUUCAAACCUCGGCUGGCCCUGUCACAGAAACAUGUGUGCUGACAUUCACACCGGAUGGCCAGAUGGUGCAAGAAGUGCAAAAUUGCACCAUGUCCAUGGGCACCACCAACAGUACUUCCGCGUCUACUGCAGUAUCUACGAGUACAGUGCCUCUUAACAAUUCCGGCGACAACGUUUCAUCAGCUGCCGCUACUCCCACAGUUCAAGCUGCAUUCACCAUGCCCGGAAGGUCGCUGAAGGUCCUACCUGUUGGCCUUGGUAUCUUUGGUGGUGUCAUGGGGAUUACUAUUAUCAUUGUGGCACUGGUCACUUAUGAACGCACGAAGUACCGCAGGGCUUUCAGGCAACGCAAGUUGGCAGAGUCGGGUGCACAGAUGGGAUAUGGUGGUAUGGCCAAAGUGUAAACACGUUUUUGGAGUUUACUCUCGUACUUAUGCUAUCGUACCAUUCGUACUUUCGUGUUCUGGAUACUGGCUAUCUUGUUGGUGUUGGGGCCUGUAUAUUAGCGCAUCCCUGGUGGAGUGGAGGGUUGAACCUUUCAUAUCUGAGGUUUACGAUCUCGUAUGUCC